AUGAAAACUAUCGGCAACAUUGGAUCGCCGCCCCUUCAUUACGAUAUCAUGGCAAGCCUGAUAAAGGCGGCGGACGCUUAUGAUGACAGUUUUCCGGCCUUUUUUGUUGUCAUGGCCUUUAUGCUGCACUGCCACCAGAAACAGACGCUACUCCGUUGUGUCCUUGACCGCGGUCCGCAGGUACGUUCACUCUCGAUAACCCGCCACUGGCCCCGACUGAUCGCUUUCAUGUACACCUACUGGGACCACUUGAGGGUGGUGGAAUUUAAGAUCAGUGAACACCGUCUCCUCACUAUCCUCGAUUGCGCCUGGCAGAAUCCCCUCUCGAGAACAGCAGCCAAGGAGGCUAUGAAGGCUAUCCGGCGGUACACUGAACGAAGACCCCAGUUAGCUACUGUCUGGCCGACCGUGGAUGUCAAAAUACCGGCGGCACCCAUGAACGACAGAUGA